AUGGAAAAUAUUUUGGAAAAAGCAAGUGUAACGGAGUCUAUGUUUACUGCUUGGUUUGUUGCUAACGGGAAAUACGAGGAGGCAAGGUCACUGACAUAUGGUCAAUUUGUGUCUAAAUUUGUUUACGAGAAAAAGAGCAGAACAUGGAAACCGCGGAAAAAGGGCUUCACCAUUGGUCGUUUAAUUUGGGUUCCCCCAACAACUGGAGAGUUGUUUUACUUGCGACUGAUGUUGACGGUGGUUAAGGGACCCUUAACUUAUGAAGAAAUUCACAAAGUUGGUGACACGCAAUUUGAUACUUUUAGGGAUGCCUGCUUUGCAAUGGGAUUCCUAGAAGAUGACCGAGAAUACAUUGGGGCAAUACGUGAGGCGAGUGAAUGGGGUUCGGAUCAUUUUCUCCGUAAGCUUUUUGUAGUAAUGCUUUUGUCCAACGCUGUUAAUAGGCCUGCUCAUGUUUGGAACGAGACAUGGAGUCUACUAUCUGAUGGUCUGCUGCAUCAGAAGAGACAGUUAGUUCAUAAUACAGGUGUUUCACUUCUCAACGAGUGGAACUGGAAUUUUAAUUAUAUAGAUACAACAAUUUUGGUGCUCACAGAAGAGCAGUUGAAGAAUUUGACAUUAACGGAAAUUGAAAAAAUACUGCAAGCAAAUCGAAGAAGCCUCACCGACUUUAAACCAAUUCCAUAUCCUGAUGGAUACGUUCUACAACAAUUAGGGAAUAGGCUGAUUUAUGAUGAACGGAGUUAUGAUGUGCCUACAAUGAGAACCCAAUUCACGUCACUUUUUAAUGCUCUGACAGAUGAGCAAAGGUCAAUAUUUGAAAAAAUUAUGGCGUCUGUUCGCGCUCAAAAGGGUGUUGUGUACUUCCUACAUGGUUACGGUGGGACCGGUAAAACUUACAUGUGGCGAACACUUGCAAGUGCAUUGAGGUCCAAACAUGAUAUAUGUCUUGCCGUGGCAACGAGUGGAAUAGCUUCUUUAUUGUUGCCCGGUGGUAGAACUGCACAUUCUAAAUUCAAGAUACAUGUGCCAACAAUGGAGAAUUCAACAUGCAAGAUUGACUAUGAUGAUGACGUUGCAGACCUUUUACGACAGACAAAGCUUAUUAUAUGGGAUGAAGCACCAAUGGCACACAAACAUUCUUUUGAAGCACUUGAUCGAACUUUGAAGGACGUCAUGUCUACGUACAGUAAUUCGAAGGAAAUCUUUGGUGGAAAGGUAGUUGUUUUCGGUGGUGAUUUUAGACAGAUUUUGCCCAUUGUUCCUAGAGGGAGCCGUUCCGAUAUCGUGCAUUCUGCCAUAAAUGCUUCUUACAUAUGGCGGUCAGUUGAAGUUUUAACUUUAACACAAAACAUGCGACUCCAAUCCGGGCCAAAUGAAGUUGAAAAGAAGGAAAUUGCCGACUUCUCAAAGUGGCUGUUGCAAAUUGGUGAAGGCAAACUUUCUGAGCCAAAUGAUGGAUUUGCCGACAUUCAGCUGCCACCAGAACUUUUGAUCACAGAUUACACAGACCCAAUCGUUGCCAUCGUUAAUAGUACUUAUCCUGAUUUUAGCGAAAAUUACCAGUCUAACGACUACCUCAAAAGUAAGGCGAUACUUGCUUCUACAUUGGAAGUUAUUGAUCAAAUCAACAAUCACGUCCUUGAUCUGAUGCCAGGUUUACCUAACCACCUCAUUAGGUUGAAGGUAGGAACACCUGUUAUGCUUAUGCGUAACAUAGAUCAGUUGGAGGGUAUGUGUAACGGUACUGGGGUAAUGAUAACUAAGAUGGGAAACCAUGUCAUCGAGGCGAAAAUAAUGGCGGGAAAGUGUUGUGGAAACUUGGUCUACAUCCCUCGAAUGGAUAUGUCUCCCUCGCAGUCUCCUUGGCCCUUCAAACUCAAACGGCGUCAAUUUGCAAUAAUUGUCUCAUAUGCGAUGACGAUCAAUAAAUCUCAAGGACAAUCUCUGGACACAGUAAGACUUUAUUUGCCAAGAGACGUAUUUACUCAUGGCCAAAUCUACGUGGCACUAUCAAGGGUAACAACGAAGCAAGGAAUCGAAAUUUUAGUGUACGACGAAAUCGAUAAGUUAAAGUCUACUACUACAAAUAUUGUGUAUAAAGAGGUUUUCCACAACAUAUAA